AUUUUCUGUCACAUUUCUUUCGGAUUUUUCUAGCGUUCUCUGUUAUUUAAAUGCUUAACAAACUGGCAGGAACCAAACGUCUAACAUAUAGAAAUAAAAUCGUAGAGUUUCGUAUUCUUUUUCAUUCCACUUCCUUAUUACUAUCACGUCGUGAGAAUCGAACGUGUUCGGGCCAUAAAAAGAAAAAGGGAAAGCGAUGGGCUGGCGAUCGGAAAGCGGAACUCGUCCCGGCCAUGUAAUACGAUACGCGAACGGGCUAAUAUGCGAUCAAUGUAAUAUGGUAAACGCUAAAGUCACGUGACUUAAUAUCGUAUUCCAUCUUUACGUGCUCUAUCCAAAAAAAGUUUUUGGACGCUACGGUGACGUAUAAUGAAACUAUAAUAUAGAUGGAGGACUUAUUAGACGUUGCUGUUUUUUAUUUUAAUUUCGGGAGGGAGGAAGAUAUAAAUAAAUGAGUUGUUGAUACCACAUAAUAAUGCCCAUAGAAACGAGCAAUACGAAAGAUUGGAUUUGAAUAAUUUAAUGCCAGAGGAAUAUAAAGCAAAAUUCUGAUUUGAAAGAGAGCACAUUAGAAGACUUGCAGCUGCUCUUAACAUACCUCAUCAAAUAAAAACGGAAAACCGUUAUAUCGUUUCAGGUAUAGAAGGUUUAUGUAUAUAGAGACAUUUAGUAUAUCCUAAUAGAUUGGCAGAUCUAGAACAUGAAUUUGAUCUGGGUAUUCCUUAUCUUUCAGUAAUUUCUAAUACUGUAAUAAGAAUAAUCAGCAACAAAAAGGACAUUUAUUAACAAAUCUAAAUAAUCUACCAUGGCUUAACAGAAAUAAGCUCCAAUAUUAUUCACAGGCUAUUUCGGCAAAAGGAAUACCUGUACAAAAUUGCUGAGACUUCAUUGAUGAUACAGCACGAGUAAUAUGUAGACCAUCUGUGAAUCAACAAAAGUAUUAUUCUAGUCAUAAACGACAACAUUGUCUCAAGUAUCAAUCUGUAUUAUGUCCAGAUAGUAUAAUAGUUAGUCUUCAUGGACCCUAUUCUGGUAGACGACAUGAUGCAUAUUCAGAGACUCGCUUUUAUAUCCUCAAUUAGAAAGGAUCCACUUAUGAAGUUGAUAAAGGCGUGGAAGAUAAUGCUGACGAUGAUCCUGACAAUGGUUCCGAUUCUGAUAAUGAUACUGAUUCCGAUGGUACUGAUUCUGAUGAAUAGCAUUGAUGUAAAGGUAUUAAACUUGGUGAUAAAGUAUCCAUUGCAGAACAUGCAGAAGAAACAAAAUCUUAUUGUAAUGUUACCGAUGUUGGAUACUGAAAGUGAUGAAAACAUUAAAGUUCAUGAAUCGUUUAUUGAAAAGUUAAAAAAUAUUCGCACGAUUUGUUUUUAUCCAAUUUUUAAAAAGAUAUUCAACGUGAUCUCAGCACACAAACUAAAAUUUUUUCAGUUGCUUCUCCUACACGCUCUGUAAUCGUUUUCCAUUUUUCUUUGUCUUCAUUCUUAGGAAUUUAGAGAUAUAACUUCUUUUAAAAAUACGAGGUCAUCUCCACUUAUGAACCGCAGUCACUCAGAUUUCGUUACCGUGAUCAUAACGUCGACGCAAUCGUAAACUUUAUUUGCUUAGAAAUAACGUCGCACAUUAUCUGGAUAGCGUUAUGAUGAACGAUGCGCAUGCGCAGUUUCAUUUUUCCCCUCCACAUGACUUUAACGUUCACCAUCGGAAAAACGGUAUUGCAAAAACUCUCUAUUGAUGUAAUUCCCUUU